UCAUCACAUGGUCGCCUGCCAAACAGACAAAACAAUACUUAAGUGCUGCUUGAUGAGGCUCAUUUUCUAACUUUUGAUACAUCAUACCAAGUCAAGCACCAAACACAUCAACAUGUCUUUCACUCAGUCAUCGCAAGGCACUCUCCCCACCAGAGAGGCUACUCCGGAGGAACAGAAGUUCAUCACAGACAUCCUCAAGCUUUACAGCUGCGAGCCCAAUGAGCAGAGUUACACGCAUUACGCCGAGACGGCUACAUUCCACGACCCUGUUAGCAUCGCAAAGGGCAAGGAGAGCAUUAUGUCGCAAUUCAACGGCAUGCCCAAGGUGUUUGCGCGUAGUGAAACCAAAGAGGUCGCAGUCCUCGCAUCAUCGACUCCUUCUCAACUGGAGUUGAACCUGACACAGCAUUACGUCUUCAAGUCACCUAUUCCAUUCAAGAAGGAGGGUACCGAGAAGACUGUCAACAGCAAGUUGACUUUCAAGCUCAACAGCCAGGGAUUAAUCGAGGAGCACAUUGAAGAGUGGGACCACCAGGGCAACAAGACCGCAGAUGAUGGUUUCAUGGGCAAGCUUCAAGAGCAACGCAAGAAGAUUGACGCGAAGCUUGUCGAGAAGACGGUCUCGAGUGAUCCCUCGAAAGCAUAAGUGAGCUUCAUACGAAGCUUGCAAGUAUGAAGACUACGAAGUUACGACUAUACAGUAUAUACCAGCUCGUAUCAGAACAAUCUAUCCUGCCAGCAUGCAUGUUUAUGGUUUGACCAAAACUAGGCUUCAAGCAAAUCACAUGUCAAGACGAGGGGCACGAGUCGAGAUAGCUUCUCACGGGCGGCA